GACGUAGCCCUGCGCCGCAUUUUCUCUCAGAAGCCCAUCAGUGCAACUAAAGCGCAGUUGUUCUCCAUCUCGAUCAUCAUCGUCAUCGCCUCCAUAUACACCACGUCGUCAUGAGGGCCCUCCACAUCCUUCUGCUCUGUGUCCUGGGAGCCGCGCUGCUUUCCUCAGUGGUCUGCAACAAUGGGACCGGCCCUGAUGACUGCUGCUUCAGCAUGUUCCUGGGAAGACUGGACAAAACCUUAAUCCGUUCAUAUUACAUAACUGACUUUCGCUGUCCGAAUCGAGGAGUCAUUCUUGUGACCCGCAAUUCUCGUCACAUCUGCGUGGAUCCAAAUCUCUUCUGGGUUCAGAGCAUCAUUAAGAGAUUGGAUGAAAAAAUAUGGUGAACCAGCUGAUGUUUGUCUGGGCGAGAAAAAAAAGUAACUGAUGUUUUUGUCGCUUUAUCAAAUCAAAUAUUGUGAAAUGUGACGCUUUUGUUACAAUGCUCGUGUGCAAACCUGCCAUAUAGUAAUCAAAGCUUCUGCAUUAAUCACUGACCAAUGUAUCCUUUAUCUGUACUGUGUCUUUUGGAUGCUUUGUAUUAUCCACAGUUGUCAUAAAGAAUAAACAUCAUACAUAUACAGUC